CGCACCUUUUACAGUUAACAGCUUCUGCGGUUCUGUCGAGUGCUUGAAUAUGGGCACAAGAGUGUCGUUAUUUUAACUCACGUUUUCUCUAUAGUUUGUUUUAUAAGCGUUAGGCGAAAUGUUCACGUGUAAUAGAGCGCUAUGAGCGAGCGGAGGCUAUCAGGAGUCCGUGAAUAUUUGAGGUCGUCAGAAGUUUAGUCAGGUUAGCAUAGCAGGUUAGCAUCAUUCUCCAGCGGCUGUGGCCUCUCUCACUCGACUGGACUCAAUCGUGAGGAAAUAAACAUGGUGUCUUGGAUCAUAUCAAGAUCUGUGGCGCUGGUGUUUGGAAACUUGUACCCAGCGUACUACUCCUACAAAGCAGUGAAAACCAAAAACGUCAAAGAAUAUGUGCGAUGGAUGAUGUACUGGAUUGUGUUUGCUCUGUACACGGUGGUGGAGACCAUCACAGAUCUGACUGUAUCCUGGUUUCCCCUCUAUUAUGAGAUCAAGAUAGCGUUGGUGAUCUGGCUUCUGUCUCCAUACACCAGAGGAGCGAGUGUCAUCUACAGAAAAGUCCUCCAUCCUCUGCUGACCUCCAGAGAAAGAGAAAUUGACGACUAUAUAGUCCAGGCGAAAGAACGGAGCUAUGAGACCAUGGUGAACUUUGGCAAGCAGGGCCUGAGCAUCGCUGCUACUGCCGCCGUGUCUGCAGCUGUCAAGGGUCAAGGUGCAAUCACAGAGAAGCUGAGGAGCUUCAGCAUGCAUGAUCUUACCCAGAUCUCUCAGGGUGAUGUCUAUCCAGGAUACAGCAGCUCCAACCCGGCCAGAAGAGCCAUCAUGGACCAGCCUGACGGAGCAGAAUAUUAUCGGUAUAAUGAUGAUGAUGAUGAUGAAAGGAGCGAUGAAGAGGAAAAGUCUGUGUACUCUGAAGAUGAAGCUGUUUCUCAGCACGGCCGAAGACGGUCUCAGAGCGUCAGAAUUACUCGCUCGAAACUGCGCAGAGAUGCACGUUACGGAUCUCUGAAGAUCCGAGGGAGGAAACGGACACCUCUCAACACCGUGAAUAACUCCAAUAUGGAGAACUAAAGUGACUACUGACCCGUUUACUUCAUCACUGUCAUAAUGUUCUUCAUUGAAGAUCUAAGGACACUCCACCAGCAGAACUAUUUAUUAUUCACAUGUGCUUGUACAUAUCAUGAGCUGAAGAAUAGUCAGAGAACACGAGAUGGGUGAUGGUAUUUUUGUAUUGUAUGACGCUGAAUGUGACAUUCAGAUUGAGUCUUUUAGUUUCAGUAUUUGUUCUCUUUGGAUGUGGGUUUUAUACUGUUUUCAUGCAUCUUUUUGCUGCCUUUUAGAUGAUGUGUUUUAAGUAGGAUUUUACAUUUGUAGUUUAGGUUAUAAAUAUAUAUUAUGAUUCUUAAACAGAGAAGACCAAAAGCGUAUAUAUUUGUGAAGGAAAAAAUACCAAAGACUUGUUGCAUUGAUUUUUAAGAGGUUGUAAUACUUGCAGGUUUGUAAAAAUCUUUUCUAUCUUCACAUGGGUUUAAGGAGAAACCAUUUGCACAUUCUUUAAAUCUGAUCUCUUUUAUUCUAAACUGUUCAGGUAAAAUCUGCUGUGUUUGUGUGGGUGUUUGAGUGUGUGUUUGUUUGUACUGAUGUCUGGCUGAAUGUUGCAUUUAAAAUCAAAGCAAUGAUAUCAAUAAAGUCAGAGUAUGGUAGUA